AUGGGGAUUAAGUCGUUUCGCAGUACAGAGAUAUUCGAGGUUUUCAUGAGCAUUGUUCUGUUGGGGACGCACAGUUCAGAGAUCAGCAGAGUGGGAAACUUCAUCCUGGACAGAGACGCGUUUGAUACUGAAGCUCCUCCUCCUUCAGUAGAGCAGCUCAUGGUUGAGGGGCUGAACUUGGUGUUGUGUGGGAGUGAUGGAGCAGUGAAGUCCUCCAUAUCAGAUCUCAUAAUGGGUCAGCGAGAGCUCAGUCCAGAGUCCAGCUCAGUGUGUGUGAGGAGGGAAGGAGAAGUGUGUGGACGUCUGGUCACUCUAGUAGAGAUGCCAGCUCUCUACAACAUUCAGCUCUCAAAGGAGGAAGUGAUGCAAGAGACUCUCCGCUGUGUCUCUCUCUGUGAUCCUGGAGUUCAUGUUUUUCUCCUCAUCAUUCCUGAGGGUUGCCUCACUGAUAAAGACAAAGGAGAAAUGGAGAAGAUCCAGAGCAUCUUUGGACCCAGAUUCACUGACCACACUGUAGUCCUGAUCACUCAGCACUCUCAGAAUACACAGUUAGACGAGGCUGUUAAGACUGUGAUAGAGGACUUUGGAAAACGACAUCUGUUCUUCAACUACAGCUCACAAGUGCCAGAGCUGAUUGAACAUAUUGAGGAGCUUCUUACAGAGAACAGAUGUAGCCAGUACACCACACAAAUGUACCUGAGUGCACAGAUUGAAAUCCAACAGAAACAUGAGAGAGAAGUUGCUCAACUGAAACAAAAAAUGUCUGAACUCACAGGCAAAUAUUUACCAAAAACUCUGAGGAUCAUCCUACUGGGGAAGACAGGAGGUGGGAAGAGCACAACAGGAAACACCAUUUUAGGCCAAGAAAAUCUGUUUAAGGAAGAUAUUUUUGGAGAAUCAGUUACAACAGUGUGCCAGAAAGAAACAGCUGAAAUCAAUGAGAGACAGAUUACUGUAAUUGACACUCCAGGACUGUUUGAUACAUCCAUUUCUGAUGUACACACUAGAAAUGAAAUCACUAAGUCCAUCACCAUGGCAGCACCAGGUCCACAUGCGUUCCUGCUGGUAGUGCCGAUUGGACGACAGAACCGAGACGUGAAUGAGAUACUGAAGAUGAUCCAAAAUAUCUUUGGUGAAGAGUCUAGAAGAUACACCAUUGUGCUGUUCUCCAGAGGAGAUGAUCUUAGAAAGAACACCAUUGAACAUUUCAUUGAAAAUUCUGGACAAAACAUAAAAGACCUCAUCAGAAGUUGUGGAAACAGAUAUCAUGUGGUCAAUAACAGAAAUCCUGAAGCCCGCACUCAGGUCACUGAUCUACUGGAAAAGAUUGACUCCAUGGUGGCAGUGAAUGGAGGGAGCUUUUAUACUAAUGAGAUAUUCCAGCAGGUAGAGAAAGAUCUACAAGAAGAUCAGAAGAGGAUACUGAAGGAGAGAGAGGAGGAGAUAGAGAGAGAGAGAAAGAAAGAGGAGGAAUUUAAAGAAAAAGUAAAGCAGAUCAAAAAAGAAACGAAAGAAGAAGAAUGGAAGAAGAAACAGCAAGAGGAAAUGGAGAAGAUUGAGAAAGAAAAGAAAGAAACAAUACAGAAACAGAGAGGUCACCAAAAGAAAUUACAGGAGUAUGAACAGAAGAUAGCAGAGGAGGAGAAGAGACAAAAAGGAGAAAAUCAAACACGCAGAGGAAAAUAAAAGGAAGGAGCAAGUAGAUCUGCAGUUAACUCCGCAGAGAGUGGGAGAAGAGGAAGCAGGAGGAGGAUAAGAGGAGAGAAAAAAGGAAGUCUCUGGAAAAUAAGUGGAUAUUUCAGAAAAAUCAGAUACAGCAACAAUAUGAAGAUGAGAGAAAAACACAGCUGGAGAGAAGAGCCGUGGAAGAAGAAGAAACAGAAAGAGGAAGAAGAGAAGAAAAGAACAGAGAAUGAAGCAAAUGAAAAAAUAAAGCAAAUGCAAAUGAGAAUUCAGAGAUAAAAUUAGGCAAGAGAAGAACUACAUCAAAAACAACUGGCUUACAUCAGAGAGAUGCCCGAGCUACAAAUGGAGAAACUGCAUAAAGAGACUGAACUAGCAGCAAAAAAAGAAGCUGAGAAAGAAUCCUGUUACAAGCUUGAUAGAAAGUUU